UUGUUUAAAAUAUCUAAAGUUUGUCUUUAUUUUUGAUAAACAAAAACGUAAUUGGAACAUUUUUCUUGAUAAUAUUGUUGAUGCUAGACAUGGAGGGAAAUGAUGUCAUGGCACUCAUUAAAAUCGAACCAAAACAAGAAGAAGAACUCCAUUCCAAUUUUCAAGAAAACAUUUUAGUAAGUAACGAAGCAUUGGUUACAAUAAAGGAAGAAGAAAUUACGAUUACCGCACAGUGCUUCAAAUCGCUCGAUCAUGAAGGGGUACAACAACAAACUGAUUGUGAAGAAAAUAUUAAAACUCAAAUUUCCAACGACUUCAAAUGUGACUUCGGACAACACACAACACAUAAAGGGUUUAACUGUGCUCAUUGUAAUUAUAGCGCAAAGAAUAAACGAUCUCUUAAACAACACCUUUUAAAACAUAUUGAUUCUAAACUUUUUAAAUGCGCUCAUUGCGAUUAUGGAACACACAAUGAAGGAUAUCUUAAACGACACCUUUUAAUACAUACCGAUUCUAAAGAUUUUAAAUGUGUCAAUUGUGAUUACGAGACAAGUAACAAAUACCACUUUAAACAACACUUUUUAACACAUAAAGUUUCUAAAGAUUUUAAAUGCGCUAAUUGUGAUUACGAGACAAAGUACAGAUCCAGCCUUAAAAGACACCUUUUAAAUCAUGCAAACUCUAAAGUUUUAAAAUGUGCCCAUUGUAAUUAUGAAACAAUUUACAAAACCAAAUUUAACCGACACCGUUUAAAUCAUACUGGCUCUAGAGAUUUUAAAUGUGCUAAUUGUGAUUACAAGACAAAUAAAAAAUAUUGCUUUAAACAACACCUUUUAGUACAUAAAGUUGCUAAAGAUCUUAAAUGUGCUAAUUGCGAUUACGAGACCAAUAACAAAUACUGCUUUAAACAACACAUUUUAACACAUAAAGUUUCUAAAGAUCUUAAAUGUGCUAAUUGUGAUUACAAAACAAACAACAAGAAGAACAUUAAACGACACCUUUUAACCCAUAAAGUUUCUAAAGAUUUUAAAUGUGCUCAUUGUGAUUACGAGACAAGUUACAAACACUCCCUUAAGCAACACGUUUUAAAACAUACCAAUUCAACACGUUUUAAAUGUGCCCAUUGUAAUUACAAGACAAGUAACAAGUGCUACUUUAAACACGUUUUAAAUCAUUCCGAUUCUAAAGACUUUAAAUGUGCUCAUUGUGAUUAUGAGACAAGUCACAAAUACUACUUCAAGCAACACGUUUUAAAUCAUACCAAUCCAAACAAUUUUAAAUGUGCUCAUUGUGAUUACAAAACAAGUAACAAGUACUACUUUAAACUACAUGUUUUAAAUCAUACCAACUCUACAGUUUUUAAAUGUCCUAAUUGUAAUUACGAUACUAAUAACAAACGCUACUUUAAUCGACAC